GCCACCAACUCGGUUGGAUCCGAAAAUCCGAACUGAACUGACAAAUCCUCUCACCACUGAGCUCCAGCUACCGGUAAAACGCCUCGUCUUUUUGCCUCCAGAGAGUCGAUUAUGGCUCUUCCCCUUGAUUUGCAGGACUUCCUUCUCCGCGCUCGAGUCUUGAAGCUGUAUAGGCAAGCACUGAGGGUUACUCGAAGAGCCCCUCUUGAGGCUAGAGGUGAACUAAGAACAACGAUUAGACAAGAAAUGGAGAAUAGCCGAGACUGCAAUGACAGGCAGAAGAUUCGUUAUUUGCUUAGCGAAGGAUUAGAGAGGUUAAAACGUCUAGAUGAGAUGCUUGACAUGCAAGGCCAUCCUGAUUAAGGAAGAAGAGCUUUGUAUUUGUAUUCUGUAAGUUGUUGAAUUUCUGAAUGCUUAAUAUCCCAUUUUGUAGUCACCCAUUGACUAUUGUCUAAAUCUUAGGGAGGUCCAAGAACUUGUUCCUCUUUGAAAUUUUCAUCAUGAUUAACCAUGAAGAUAGUGACCCAUACUGUACCAAAGUGAGACUAUCUAAGUCGCGUCAAUUUGUUAAUAAAUGGUAUUGCAAA